AUUUCCCACCAGCAGAAUCAAAGACGCAAAACCUCCAGAAUUCCCGCACCGCCUAAGGAAGCCCUGCGAAGUCGUUCGAUCAGGAUGUCCGCCAUUCCUGAAACCCGUCCGGCUGACCUGGAUAUGGAGGUGGAGCCUGCGCCGCAAUCAGUUGUACAGCAGAGCAUAAAUAAUUCUAUGCGAACAAGAUCCACAAAGUACAGCAGUAUCGGGGAGAGCCGGUUGUUGCCGCGGGUGAAUGAAAUCGUGGAGGAGUCGGCGCCAUCUGCUGCGAAGAGCAAUCCAGCCAGAAGAAAGUCCAACAUAGUGAGAGAGAUGGAGAAAAUGAAGAAUAAAAGGGAAGAACAGAGAGCUCAGAACUCCGAGAUGAGGACCAAACGAGUGCAGGACUAUGACACCACCGCACCCAACUGGGAGUUUGGGAAGAUGAUCAAGGAAUUCCGAGCCACCCUGGAAUGUCAGCGGAUCAGCAUGACGGAUCUGGCUGAGGAGCAUCGUAUCUGUGUGUGCGUGCGGAAAAGGCCCCUCAACAAGCAAGAGCUAACCAAGAAGGAGAUCGAUAUCAUAUCUGUCCCUAGUAAAAGUCUGGUUCUGGUACAUGAGCCCAAACUCAAAGUGGACCUCACAAAGUAUCUAGAGAACCAGGCCUUCCGCUUUGACUAUUCCUUCGAUGAGACGGCCACCAACGACAUGGUGUACAGGUUCACAGCCCGGCCUCUGGUCCAGUCCAUAUUUGAAGGAGGGAAGGCCACGUGUUUUGCAUACGGUCAAACAGGAAGCGGCAAAACCCACACGAUGGGUGGCGACUUCCUGGGGAAAAGCCAAAAUGUGACGAAAGGAAUCUACGCUUUUGCAUGUAAGUUCUGCGGGAUCUUGGAUUGUCUUCUGUAAUAAUACAUCUGUCUGGUCCGUGCUUCUGGAGGAUGCGACGCGCUAAAGCUUUGCCAAUAACUCUGUACUGCUUUGGCCUCAUUCACAAAAAGGUGAAGCUCCGUGUGCUGGAAGAUGCCAAACAGGAGGUGCAGGUGGUGGGGUUGAUGGAGAGAGAAGUCUCGUGUGCGGAGGAUGUCUUUAAGAUGAUUGAGGUUGGCAGUGCCUGUAGGACUUCCGGUCAGACGUUUGCCAACAGCAGCUCCUCGCGUUCUCACGCUUGCCUACAAAUCAUCCUGAGACGGCGGGGGAAGCUUCACGGCAAGUUUUCCUUGGUUGACUUGGCUGGAAACGAGCGAGGUGCCGACACCGCCAGCGCAGACCGCAUAACGCGCAUGGAGGGGGGGGCGGAGAUCAACCGCAGUUUGCUUGCCUUAAAGGAAUGUAUCCGUGCGUUGGGGCAGAACAAGGCUCACACCCCGUUUCGGGAGAGUAAACUGACCCAAAUCCUCCGGGAUUCCUUCAUUGGGGAGAACUCCAGGACUUGCAUGAUCGCGAUGCUGUCCCCGGGAUUCGGAUCCUGCGAGUACACGCUGAACACGCUGAGAUACGCAGACAGGGUGAAGGAGCUGAGUCCUCACACCAGCGAACCUGCAGAUAAUCAGCAAAUGGAGACGGAGUUCAGUGAUGGCUCUCAGUCCUCCAUUGGAGGAUUGGAUUUCCAAGAUGAUCUGUCUCUGAAGGAUGAAGAACUCUCCGGCCAUUUGUGCAGUUUCCAGGAAGCCAUGAGCCGGAUUGGGGAGCUGGAGGAGAAAGCUGUGGAGGAGCUCCGGGACUUGGUGCAGAGAGCCCCGGAAUGGUCCAACCUGCUGGAGAUGACGGAGCAGCCAGACUACGACAUGGAGAGUUUUGUAAUGCAAGCGGAAUAUCUCAUCCAGGAGAGCUCCAAGGCCCUCAUUGCAUUAGGUGAGAGCGUGUCAUCCCUGCGUACGGCGAUGCAGCUGGAAGAACAGGCCAGCCAGCAGAUCUCCAGGAAGAGGAAUUCUCUCAAAUGA